AUUAUUUUGUCUUUUAGAUUUAAUGAUGUCCGGUGCAUCUAUGUCCUGUGAAUCGUAUCAUGCUGUGCUCGUCUCAACAAUAAAAAGGUAGAAAAAUCAUAAAUAAGCUUUCACAUGUAUAGCGAAAAAUGAAUUAUGAUUAUUAAUUUGUUUUUUUUACUAGAUAGCGAAAAUUCGUUUAUAAGAAUAUGUUCAACCAUCGUUGUUUUAUUUGGAUAGCGAGGAAAAAUCAUAUAUUAUUUUUUUUCGUAAUUCGUAAUGUCCCUUUCGUAAUGUUAAGGCAAAAAGGAAGAACUAAAAUAUCAUACAAGACUUUGUAUGUCCAAGAUGUCUCCACGUCAUUCUAUAUCUCCAGUCCACCAUCCCUCCACAAUAUCUUGAAUCUUCUCCGGUUUCUCUGAAAUCUGUACAAACUACAUUCUACAUACAUGUAUCAUGAUGAAAUCAUCAUGAGGACACCACCCCCUUGUCUGAUUUUUAUCCAUUGCUUGGAUAACAAGCAUAUUUCCUACCAACUACUUCGGUUUUGAUACACAAACGUCAAACUAAAUUCAUACCCGUCUUUGAAUCCACUCAAUUUCACUUUCUUUUCAUCAAUUUUGAAAAUAUUUUUUUUUUCUUCAAAAACAUGCCUGAUUCACCUCCUCCUGCUGAACACUCCCAUGGAAGCCCACUGAGUCGCCGACCUUGUGAUUUCUGUAAUAAAUCGACGGCGCUUCUGUAUUGUAGAGCUGAUAACGCCAAGCUCUGUCUCUCCUGCGACCGAGAAGUUCAUUCGACUAAUCAGCUUUUCACUAAGCACACACGGUCGUUGCUUUGUGAUGGUUGUGAUUCUUCGCCUGCUUCGAUUUUCUGCUCCACUGACGCCGUUGUUCACUGCCAGAAUUGCGACUGGGAGGCACAUAACAAGUCGAACUCGAAUUCGAAUUCGAAUUCGAGUUCGCCGGCGACACACGAUCGGCGACCUCUUGAAGGGUUUACUGGUUGUCCUUCUGUUACUGAUUUGCUAUCGAUUUUAGGGUUUGAGGAUUUGAGCAAAAAAGGGCUUUUACUUUGUGGUAGUUGUGAGGAAGGAUCCGAUUCUUACGGGUCGGGUGAUAAGUUUCCGGAUUAUCUUGUUUGGGAUACGCCUUCGUUUGUGAGCCUGGAUGACCUGAUUGUUUCAAGUGGCUCUGAGCAUAACUAUCAAGCCAUGGGUGUCCCUCCUCUCCCCAAGAACCGAAAUGCUGCGUUCGGAGCAUACAAAGAUGAACUUGUUCGCCAGCUUCGUGAAUUGGCAAAGUCCGACCCAAAUUUGGAUGGCGAUGAAGGCAUUAUUAAACCAACAAACGAUGAGUUUCAGCCUAUUAAUAUGGCAACUACACAAAAUAAUAGGGGUUUAGGGUUUGAACAUAAGUUAGAAGAGCAGCAAGUAGCAUAUUCUUCAAAUGAGGCGAAUACAUUUCAAUGGUGUCCCGAUGUUUGUGAUGCCGUGGGUCAAGAUUUAUAUUCUGACCAAUUACAUAACGCCACAGAGACACAAUGCAUAGUUCCUGUUGAAAAGAUCGAUGCUGUUCAUCAUAGUAUCACUGCUGAAAAUACACAAGUCUUCCCCAACACCUUUGUUGGUGUACGUGAAAUCAACAGUCAGGAGAGAGAAACCGCACUCUCGCGAUACAAAGAGAAGAAGAAAUCCAGGAGGUAUGAUAAGCAUAUUAGGUAUGAAUCACGAAAGGUUAGAGCCGAAAGCAGGAUAAGGAUCCGGGGUCGUUUUGCAAAAAUGGAUCGUUUGGAUGUUUGAUAGAUGAUAUAGUGAGUGAGUGUAGUUGUGGUAUUGCUUCAUGCAUAUCAAAAGAUGUUUAUGAGUAGUGCCAUGGUUUUAUGUUUUGAGCAUGUUUUGUUGCGAGUGUAGCUUGUAAAUAAAAUAAAGAUAUGAGUUAUUUAAUUAAAAUUAGGUUUUCAAAUUUAAAAGCAAUCGUGAGAGUCACCAUUGAAUGGAACAAUGAGAAAGAUAGAUUUGGAUAUAUGUAGGUACAUUAAUCUAUUAACAUGUUGCAGCUGUCCGCGGGAGGAGAAAAGGGUUGGUGGGGUGCUGAGUUUGGUUUCAACCCAUUUAUUGAAAUUGGAGGAUUGUAAUCCUAAAAUAUAUAUAUAUAUAUAUUGUAGGCGUAAAAGUUAAAGAAAAUGAAAUGGAUUGG